AUGGCCUGUCAUAUUGCUAGUGGCAUGCGUAAAUUACAUGGACACUCGAUGAUUCAUCGGGAUAUUCGUCCUGAUAACAUUCUUGUGUCGAAUAAUUUCGUAGCAAAGAUCGGUGACAUGGGUAUUGCUAAUCUAUUCAAUCCAGACGAACGUCACACAUUAAUUGGUUGUUUGCCUUUCAUGCCACCGGAAUUUUAUCGAGGAGAUGGUCAAUAUGAUCAAUCACUAGAUGUGUUUACUUAUGGAUUGACAUUGAAUGAACUAUUUACAGAAAAAACUCAUCGAUUUAAUCAAUCGACAAAACGAGUUGAGUUAAUCGAACAAAGUCCAAUUUUCACGAAUUAUAUUCUUAAAUGUAUUCGGGAUGAAUCAACUCGCCGACCAACAGCUGUCGAACUGGAAAAUACUCUUCAUAAGUGUCGACAAGCAGCCGAUCGAUAUAUCAAAGAAAAGUGUCCCGAUUAUGCAAAAGAAACAAUAGGAAAAAAAGAUAAUAUUUUCAUUGGUUUCUAUCAUGAAUAUCGUAAGAAGGGAAAAGUCGAACCAAAACCGAUUUUUCCACCACCACCAUCACCGAAAUCACACUUCAAUAAUGUUCAUGGACAAGAUGCCGAUUGUAAAAAAGAUGAUCCUAAGAUUGUGAAAUUAAAAAAACAUCUGGAUAAUCCAAAUCCCGUCAUUGUUAUUGAGCCUGUAAAAAAACAUCGACGGGCGGCAACACCAUCAUCACAUGUUCAUCGAGUUGAUCAAGAAAAUAUUGAAGACAUUUUUGGUGCCGUAAAGCAUCGACGAGCAAGAACACCCAAUCCAAGACAUCCUCGUCUGGGUGAUCCACUGCAUGAUUAA